GGCAGCCCUGGAAUCUAGUGCAAACCGCGCGUCUGGCCCCUCCUGCUUCCUUUUCACAUUGCUUUGCAGCCCCGGGAGUCCCCAGUUCUCUUGCUGCCCCCUGCUCCACUCUGCAGUCCCGGUGGGCGAAGGGUGAGGAGUAAGGGACCUAGAGGGGUAGGGAGUUGGAGCGGGGGGCGCCGGGUUGUUUCACUGCUGCGCCCGUCGCCUGCUGACGUUUAGGUCUCCCAGACCUGGUGGCCGACCCCUACUACAUCCAGGCGUCCACGUACGUGCAGAAGAUGUCCAUGUACAACCUGAGAUGCGCCGCGGAGGAAAACUGCCUGGCCAGUACGGCAUACAGGGCAGAUGUCAGAGAUUAUGAUCACAGGGUGCUGCUCAGAUUUCCCCAAAGAGUGAAAAACCAAGGGACAUCAGAUUUCUUACCCAGCCGACCAAGAUAUUCCUGGGAAUGGCAUAGUUGUCACCAACAUUACCACAGUAUGGAUGAGUUUAGCCACUAUGACCUGCUUGAUGCCAACACCCAGAGGAGAGUGGCUGAAGGCCACAAAGCAAGUUUCUGUCUUGAAGACACAUCCUGUGACUAUGGCUACCACAGGCGAUUUGCAUGUACUGCACACACACAGGGAUUGAGUCCUGGCUGUUACGAUACUUACGGUGCAGACAUAGACUGCCAGUGGAUUGAUAUUACAGAUGUAAAACCUGGAAACUAUAUCCUAAAGGUCAGUGUAAACCCCAGCUACCUGGUUCCUGAAUCUGACUAUACCAACAAUGUUGUGCGCUGUGACAUUCGCUACACAGGACAUCAUGCGUAUGCCUCAGGCUGCACAAUUUCACCGUAUUAGAAAGCAAGGCAAAACUCCCAAUGGAUAAAUCAGUGCCUGGUGUUCUGAAGUGGGAAAAAAUAGAUUAACUUCAGUAGGAUUCAUGUAUUUUGAAAAAGAGAACAGAAAACAACAAAAGAAAUUUUGUUUGGACUGUUUUCAAUAACAAAGCACAUAACUGGAUUUUGAACACUUAAGUCAUCAUUACUUGGGAAAUUUUUAAUGUUUAUUAUUUACAUCACUUUGUGAAUUAUCAGUGUUUCAAUUCUGUAAUUACAUAUUUGACUCUUUCAAAGAAAUCCAAAUUUCUCAUGUUCCUUUUGAAAUUAUAGUGCAAAAGGGUCAGUAUUAUUUAAGUGAAUGAGCCAAAAUGACUUUGAAGUGAAACUUUUCUAACGUGCUGGAACUUUAGUGAAACAUAAUAAUAAUGGGUUUAUAUAUGUCAUAGCAUAGAUGAAUUUAGAAACAAUGUUCCUACUGUUUAAAUACAUAUGGACACAUCUGGUGCUGAGAAAGAAACAAACACAUUACCAUUGGUGUCAAGAAAUAUUACUAUAUAGCAGAGACAUGGCAAUACAUGUAUUCAGAUAGUUACAUCCCUAUAUAAAAAUUAUGUUUACAUUUUAAAAAUAAGUAGAUAACUUUCUUUCUUUCAAAUGCACAAUUUCAUUUUGACUUGAGUCAACUUUUGUUUUGGAACAAAUAAGUAAGGGAGCUGCCCAAUUCCUGUCUGAUAUUUCUUGAGGCUGCCCUCUAUCAUUUCAUCUUUCCCAUGGGCAGAGAGGUUGUAAGUGGGAUUCUUAAUAUCACCAUUCUUGGGACUGCUAUAUGUAAGGCAGCCAUGAAACUGGGAAGUCAUUUUGAUGACUGAUGUGAUACAUCCAGAGAUAAUAUGCAUUUAAACAUAUUAAAAUAUUUGCCAAAGAUACAAUUUUCUUGCUCACAUAAAAUCAUACAAACAAGUCCCCCCCAAACCACAACUGUCUCUCAAAUAACUUAAAAAAAUUUAAAAACAUUUUAGGAUUUUUCAACUUUUCUAGAUUUUAAAAAGAUGUUCAGCUAUUAAAGAGAGGAUUGCUAAAAAUUUUAUAUUAUCUAGAACACAGGAACAUCAUCCUGUGUUCUAUUCAGGCUUAUUCAGGAAUCAGUCACACAUGUGUGUGUGUCUGAGAUAUAGUCUAAAUUAGCAAAGCUCAUAGUAUUACAUACUUGAGGGGUUGGUGAACAAAGGAAAAAGAUACUUUCUGCAAAACCGAGGAUCAUGCUGCGUAAUGAGACAGGUGUGAUUGCAUUUUAAACUGUGAAACCAUGUGCCAUAAUAGAAUUUUGAGAUUUUCGCUUUUUCCUAAAUUCAAGAAAAUGAAAUUACACUUUUAAGUUAGUGGUGCUUAAGCAGAAUUUUUCCUACAUUAACCAGUAUUAAAAUCUCAAGUAAGACUUUCCAGUGCCAGAACACGUUAGGUGGAAUUUUAAAAGUGCAUCGGCAUCCUGUAUUACAUAUCAUAGAAUUGUAAAGUCAACAUCAAUUACUAGUAAUCAUUCUGCACUCACUGGGUGCAUAGCAUGGUUAGAGGGGCUAGAGAUGGACAGUCAUCAGCUGGCGGAUAUAGCGGUACAUAUGAUCCUUAUCCACCAGGGCACACGCUUACCAGUAGACAAUACAGACAGAGCUUUUGUUGAGCUAGUAACUGAGCUAUGGAAUAGCUUCUUUGAUGUACCUCUUUGCCUUAAAUUGCUUUUUAGUUCCAAGAUUGUAGAAUGAUCCUUUCAAAUUGUAAUCUUUUCUAAUGGAGAUAUUUUAAUAUACUUGCUUUCUUAAAAAACAAAAAAAAACUACUGUCAGUAUUAAUACUGAGCCAGACUGGCAUCUACAGAUUUCAGAUCUAUCAUUUUAUUGAUCCUUAAGCUUGUAUGAAAAACUAGGCAAUAUCAUCAUGGAUAUAUAGGAGAAGACAUAUUCACAAUCAUUCAUUGGGCCUUUUAUCUGUCUAUCCAUUCAUCAUCAUUUGAAGGCCUAAUAUAUGCCAGGUACUCACAUGCUAUGCAUUGAGACAUAAAAAAGACUGUCUCUAACCUCAAUAAGUAUUAAAAAUCCCAUUAUUACCCAGAAGGUUCAUCUUAUUUUAUUUUUAGGAAAUAAAAUUACAUGUCUAUAAAAUUUCAAUUUUAAGCACUAUUGUUUUUCAUGACCAUAAUUUAUUUUUAAAAAUAAAUUAAAGGUUAACUAUAUGCAUGUGUGUAUUUCUAAUAAUUAAAAAUGUGUUCAAUCCCUGAAAUGUCUGCCUUUGAAAUAUAACACCUACUAUUUGGUUAAUUUUGACAAUUUUUUUUUCAAUUAGGAAGCUAAAGAUACUACUUUAUUCCUUAUGUGAACUUUCAUUCCCCUCCUGGCACCUCUAAACACACCCAAGUAACUCACAAGUACUGAUUUAACACUCAGUAUUUUUGAACUUCUUUGAAUUAUUUUGAAUUUUGAAUCUCUUCUCUGAAUAACUGCCAAAACUCAAAGAUAAUGAUUAGUUGAUGGAGGUUAUCAAUUAAUAAAAUAAAGAACACAGUCCAGUCUUACCAAACUCUAAAUACAUUUUAAAAAAUAGGAACUGGCAAUGAUAAAAAGAAUGCUGAGUACUGACAGGAGAUUGGCUUUUACACUAAAAAAAAAAAAAAAAAAAAAAAACCAGAAAACGGACUAAAUAGGAACAUAAUUUUGGAGUUUAUGAGUCAGUUUACAAUAUGCCAUAUUAGUAAUCUCAUAAUGAUUCAGACCACAGUCUGGGUUAAAGAUGUCUUGACCUCUGAGGCUAGCACUCAGUCUUCCAACAGUAGCAUAACAUAUAUGAGUAUACAACUUGCCUAUUUCCAGAAAAUCUGUAUAUUUUUAUAGAAUAACUUUAUUUACAAUUUCUAUCAUCCAAUUACUCACUAGACAUUAUCUGUAGUAACUUUU